AUGCAGGCUUUCGUUCCCAAGACUAGGAGGCCCCGGUUUGAGCUUGUUCUAAGGAUCAUUGACAUCAUCAACGUUCCCUUGGGGAAUGGCACUGCCUGGGUACGAUGGCGUCUCCCAUCCUCGAGUGGUGCUACUGAAAAGGAUGGCCACACAGAGAAAGCGCCUCUUGCAGAUCAUCGUGCAUCCUGGCAUUAUGAAAAGACUUCUUUAAUAAGGAUCACUAUCGACAGAAAUUCCAUGCUGCAGGAAUGCGAAAUCAACUUCGAAGUCAUACAAGAGUUCCGCUCACCCAGCAAUGAGAAGAAUGUACUGGGCAAGAUCAAAUUGAAUCUUGCCGAAUAUGUGGACAAGGUUGAAGAGGACGAAGGUGUAAUCCGAAGAUAUCUUAUGUUUGACAGCAAGGUCAAUAGCACAGUGAAGAUUGGAAUUGCCAUGCAUCAAGUAGAAGGAGAUCACAACUUCACAACGCCCCCAUUGAAAUCUGCUACAGUCUUCGGAGGCAUUGCAAGAGUUGUUCAUACUGGAGAACUGGGAGAUUCAGAUGACCCUGGUCGUCCCCCAUCAAUCAACAAAAAGACCAAUGAGGUGUCAGAUAUGCAAGAUAUGUACCGGCGAACUUUGGCUGCGUCGUGGAUGUCUCGGGCAUGUGAUUUGCCGGCCGACAAACUUAUUGAAGAACUGUUUGCAGGGAGCUCUUGCUGGAACAACGAUGCUCAUCACAACAAUUCUCAGGACAGUCAUGGGGAUAAACGACAAACGGCCUUACUAGGUGUGGAAGCAGCUGAAAGACAACCCAGGACAGGGAAGAGGUUAUCGCCUAGCUUCGAACGCCGACCCAAAAGCACAUCCAGCAUUCACUCUCAAGGCAGCGGGAAAGUCCCUGAGUCUCUGUCUGCCCUUGGAACAUCUCAGAAAGAUGGUGAUCUUGAUAAUCCACUAUAUGAUGGGAAAGGCAGAAGUUGGAAGAACCGAAAUGCAGAGCAUGAACGGUCUGAGUUUUCAGUGCGAGAGGAUUUACGCAGUUGGGAAGUUACAUCAAAGUAG